GACUGCCAAUCAGUGUUGGUGUGUCUAGAUACAGAGGAACAGCUGAUUCUUGCAGUUGUGCAGCUGCUGCUCCUGCUCCCCUUUGCUCGGGUAAAGAGCGAAAGACGAGAAAAAAAAAAAGAGGAACAAGCAGAACGAAGUAGAGACAUGCCACAGAACGUGCUGCUGGACGGGCCUGCCCCAUGGGGAUUUCGACUGUGUGGUGGCAAAGAUUUCAACCAACCUCUAACCAUCACCAGGGUGACUCCUGGAAGCAAGGCCUCGCUGGUCAAUUUGUGCCCAGGAGAUGUCAUCCUGGCUAUCGAAGGAGCCCCAACAGAUGGAAUGACUCACGCUGAGGCCCAGAACAAGAUAAAAGACUCUACUAAUCAGCUCUGCCUCAAAAUAGAAAGGCCUGAAACCAAACUCUGGUCCCCACAAGUCAUGGAGGAGGGAAAAGCACACCCAUUCAAAGUCAACCUGGAAGCAGAGCAACAAGACCUUGGCUAUUUUGAACACAAGUUUAAUGUCAGGCCAAAGCCCUUCACACCUGGGGGUCAAAACAGAAAUAACACAUCUCAGAGGGUGACACCGAAUGUAUUUAAGGGGACUGCACCAGUUACUAAUCGGAGUCAGAUUGAAGCCCUGGCUCGGUCCACUCUGUAUAACUCCCCCAUUAACUUGUACUCAGAUGCCAAUCUAUCAGAAGCUCUACAGCACACUCAGUUUUCUGCUGUAGCUGAUAAACCAGCAAUCAGUGGAAAAGCCCUGACGUCCAUUGAGGACUCUGACGUGUACCGAAUGUUGCAGGAGGAUGAUGAAACUCCUCAUGAGCCUCGCCAGUCCGGCUCUUUCAAAGCCCUGCAGGACUACAUAGAGAGUGACGGUACAAAGCCUAUGGUAACCAGAAGUGUCAAAGCUCCAGUGACGAAGCCCCAAGCAGCCUCAGCCACGCUACAGAAACUGCCUCUUUGUGACAAAUGUGGCAAUGGCAUUGUGGGUACCGUGGUCAAAGCCCGGGACAAGUUCCGCCACCCUGCGUGUUUUGUGUGCUCCGACUGUGGCAUGAACCUGAAGCAGAAAGGAUACUUCUUUGUGGAGGGACAGCUGUAUUGUGAGACUCAUGCUCGGAUCCGAAUCAGACCUCCAGAGGGACAUGACCUGGUCACUGUGUACCCUAACGCUUAAAAGACAUUACAGCUUCAGUCUUCACUGCCUAUUGAUGCUGCAACCCAUUGAAAGAUGUAGGAAUGUUUAUUAAUUGUUGAACCAAGGUCUGGCAUGUCUGCUCUAAGGGAAAUAUUUACAUUUUGUUGCUUGAUGGGCUCUCUUUAGCGUAAAAGAGAAUGCUUGCUUGACAGUUUCAGUACCUCAGUUAGGUACCAAAUGAGAAACAGCAAGUGAUCGAACAUAGUGUCAUUUUUGCAGUGCUGUUAUGCUAGAUUGACAAAACUGGUUCUUUCAGGUGUAACAUCUUGAUUGUUAUCCCUUUCAUGUAUGAAAAUUCUGAUGACUUUUUUUUUUAAACAACUCAUAUUUCUUAACAUUAACAUUAACACUUUAAUGUAAUUGUCAAUGUAAGAAAACACAAAAACCCCACAAUGUGCUUAAAAAUAAUCUCCCAAAUGAAAGAACUAAUAAUUCUUUCAGGUGGGGUGGAUAGUCAUCUAUUCUUGACUAUUACUGUUUUAUAAUAAAGCUAUUGGGAUUUGUUUUUACCACUUCCUAACAAUCAGUAUACAGAGCAUAGUUCAUUUCAAAUCUAUACUAACUGCCCUUUAAACAACUGGUGGUGCCCAGCCCUCACAUGAGAUAUUUAGCUACUAGGCCUGCUGCACUACAUAGCUCUGUCCACAGGGUGGCAGUAUUUCAGCUUUAAUAUGUUGUAAUUAAAAUCACCAAAACUUUUACAAAAUA